CGUGACUUUACGAUGUUCACUAGCAGUUUGUGGAAUUUUCUGUGUAGGAGGAAAUUAAGAAAAAUAAAUGUUGAUUUUAAAAAAAGCUAUGUAAAGGCUAUAAAAUCUCAAGACAAACAUUACAAAUAUACUACUUCUCUCCAUUACCAAUAUAGUCUGCUUCUAGCUAACUUGUCCAAUUUAAUUACCAUGUCUGAUCAAAUUGUUCUAAUUGAUCCAAAUGUCGAUCCUUAUGGAUACUUGGGCAUUAUUCGUAACGCUGAUGGCUCUAUCACACGUCCAGACCUUCCAACUCGCUCAUUUCCCACCCCUACAGCUGAUCAUGAUUCCUCGGUCUUCACGAAGGAUGUCGUUAUUAACCCCGCCAAAGACACGUGGGCUCGUAUUUUCAUCCCUCGUGAAGUAGUAAACUCGGAAGAUAAACUCCCUCUUGUGGUAUAUUUUCACGGUGGAGGAUUCGUAAUGGCGGUUACUGUUGACACACUGAUCUUACAAAAAUUUUGUGCAACACUCGUAGCUGAAAUUCCAGCGAUAAUCGUAUCGGUUGACUAUCGAUACGCGCCCGAAAAUCGACUCCCCGCAGCGUACGAUGAUUGUAUGGAAUCAUUGCAUUGGAUUAAAAAUACCACCGAUGAUCUGCUGAAAAAAUAUGCUGAUUUCUCCAAAUGUUUUCUCUUGGGCACUAGUGCUGGUGGCAACAUAGCAUACCAUGUAGGACUAUGUGUUGCUGGAGUUAGUGAACAACUUAAGCCUUUAGAAAUUAAAGGGUUGAUUUUACAUCAUGGUUUUUUUGGUGGGAACGAAAGGACAAAGUCUGAAUUAAGAUUAGCUCACGAUAAGAUAUUGUCGCUAAAUGUGAGUGAUAUCAUGUGGGAGUUGGGGUUGCCUAUAGGGAGCGAUCGCGACCAUCCAUAUUGUAAUCCAGUGAUGGAGAUUCGAUCGAAUGAAAACUUGUUAGAUCGAGUGAAAAUACAAGGUUUGAAAAUUUUGAUGAUUGAUUGCGAUGGUGAUCCUUUGAUCGAUCGACAAAUCGAGCUUUUGAAGGUAUUGAAAGAAAAAGGUGUGCAAGUUGUGGAUAGCUUUAGUGAAGGAGGGCUUCAUGGAUGUGAGUUUUUUGAUGACAUGAAGUUAAAGGACAUGGCCCUUGUUGUAAAGGAGUUUGUGAGAGCUUAAUUAAAACACUUGUGGCAAGUGAUCUUUUUAUGAAUAUUUGUAAUAAUUAUGACAAUAAGAUCAAAUACGUGGAGAAAAAAAAAAGAAUUGUUUAGAUUUAGAGUUUUAAAUAAUUUGUGAAAUGUUGUUAUUACAUAUUAUUAAAGUUCAAUAAAUUGAAACCUAUUGCAAUUUUCGAGCUCC